UCUUCCUGGGCACCUCCAUGAUCUACACCUCCACCCCAUCGGGCCUGAUUUUGGGAAGAGGCAUCUUGACAAUAUCUUUUGAGAAUUCCAUCUCCCUUGCGGCCUUUGUGAUAAAGAUCGAGAUAUGUGGUGUUUGGACAAUAAACAGCUUUUCACCACAGACUGGGUAGAUGAGGAAGGAGACUCAUACACUGUGUCACCUCAGGUGGAGUUAGAAGAGGCCUUUAGGCUUUCUGGACUAAAAAGCUCAUGUUCUCAAAAUGAACUCUUAGUUCAUGUAUCACCUUGUAUACCAGAACAUCCUAAAAUGCCUUGUCCUGGAGAAGAGAAAUCCAUCCACCACAGAGCUGCAGGCUGCUGGAGAAAGCUGUAUUGUGCUAAUGGCCACACUUUUCAAGCCAAAUGCUUCAACAGGCAGGCUCACUGUGCUGUCUGCACAGACCGUGUAGGGGGACUUGGCCGCCAGGUAUAUAAGUGCACCAAAUGUAAACUCUCGGUUCACAAGAAGUGCCACACAUUUGUCACAGUUGAAUGUGGGCAGCAUUCUUUACCAUCAGACGCCCUGAUGCCAGUCGGUCCAUCAUCCAUGGCUUCAGACCCUGCACAAACAGCGACCCCACAGAACCUUGCAACUCAUGAGGCUUUAGAACAAGUUGAUGAAGAGAAUGAGGCAGGGAACAACAGGGAAAGUGGCAAAGCUUCACCUGGUUUAGGUCUUCAGGACUUUGAUUUGCUUCGUGUGAUAGGCAGGGGGAGUUAUGGGAAAGUACUGUUAGUCCAACUGAAAAAAUCAGGUCGUGUGUAUGCAAUGAAAGCAGUGAAAAAAGAGCUUGUCAACACUGAUCGGGUACAGACAGAAAAGCACGUUUUACAGCAGGCCACUAAUCAUCCUUUUCUUGUAGGACUGCAUUCUUGCUACCAGACAGAAAGCAGACUGUUCUUUGUUCUACACUAUGUAAAUGGUGGAGAUCUGAUGUUUUAUCUGCAGCAACAAAGAAUCCUUCCUGAAGAACAUGCCAGGUUUUACUCUGCAGAAAUCAGUUUAGCCUUCAACUAUCUUCAUCAGGGAGGGAUACUGUAUAGAAACUUGAAAUUGGACAAUAUUCUACUGGACUCAGAAGGGCACAUUAGACUCACCGACUAUUGCCUAUGUAAGGAAGGCUUACAGCCCGGAGAUGUGACCAGCACUUUCUGUGGCCCUCCUAAUUACCUGGCUCCAGAAAUUGUAAGGGGGGAAGAUUAUGGUUUCAGUGUGGACUGGUGGACUCUCAGAGUACUGAUGUAUGAGAUGUUGAUUGGAGAGUCUCCUUUUCAUCUUGAUGAGAGCUCUGAUAACCCUGACCAAAACUCAAACAAUAAUCUCUAUCAAGUCAUUUUGCAAAGAGAAAUUCGCAUACCUCAGGGUCUGUCUGUAGAAGCUGCAAGUGUCCUAAAGAGUUUUCUGAGCAGGGACCCAAAGGAAGGAUUGGGUUGCCAUCCUCAGAGGGGCUUUGCCGAUGUUCAGGAGCAUCCAUUCUUUCAAAAUGUUGACUGGGACAUGAAGGAGUGAAAGCAAGUAGUGCUUCCCUUCAAACCAAAUAUGUCUGAGGGAUUUGGGUUGGACAACUUUGAUUCUCAGUUUACUGAGGAACCUGUCCAGCUCACACCAGAUGAUAAUGACAUCAUGAGCAAAAUGGAAGGAUACGAGUUUGCAGGUUUGGAGUAUAUCAGUCGUCUUUCAAUGUAUGAAGAAGAGUGGGUCUGAUCCUCAUUUGUCAGCUAUGCAUUCUGCUUAUUACUAUUUAAUGCUUGGAAAAACUGGUUACCAGCCUUAAUUCAAUGAACCAUUUCAUAACUGUCUAGAAGCUAAUUUAAAUUUCUUUUUUGUAGUUAUAUUUAGAUUAAUACUUGAUUCUUACAGUCUAUAAUAGGGAAUAUUGAAUGUUUUUCUUGAUAAAUGAAAACAUUCCAUUUGUUGAGUGGAGACAGAAAGUAUAAUACUUUUUCUAGUUAUGUACUAUACAGGAAAAUAAUUUGUCUUUUAAGUAGAAUGUCUUACCUAUGCUUAUUGAUCUCAAACCAUAUUACC